AUGGCGAAAUUCAAGGCGCUUCUGCUCGACAUUGAGGGCACGAUCACGUCGAUAUCUUUUGUUAAGGACGAGCUCUUCCCGUACGCCUACAAAAAUGUGGAAAAUUUUUUGACACAGCACUUUGAUGAGCAGCCGGUCCAGGAUUGCAUCCGGGAAAUGGUUACGGUGUCUAAAGAGCUAUCAGCCGCGGAUUCGGAAGUGAAAGAAGUGCGACAAAAUUCGCAAGCGGAGACGGUAGCAGAUCUCGUGCACAACGUGCGCCACUGGAUUGACGUCGACAAAAAGGUGACCCCGAUGAAAACGUUGCAAGGCCUCAUCUGGGAGGACGCCUACAAAAGUGGUGCCGUCAAGGGCCAUCUCUACCCAGAUGUCGUACCAGUUUUGGAGGAAGUGCAGAAAUCUGGCCGAAGGAUCUACAUCUACUCUUCCGGCUCGGUCCACGCCCAAAAGCUGCUCUUCCAGAAUUCCGUCAACGGCGAUAUAACAAAGCUUCUCUCCGGAUAUUUCGACACGCACGUCGGGUUGAAGGGAGAAGCCACCAGUUAUCAGAAGAUUUCGGAAGAAAUCGGGACCCCAGCUGCGGAUAUUUUGUUCCUGACGGAUGUGGAAGCAGAAGCUCAAGCCGCCCGCUCGGCCGGCUGCCAGACGCGACUGGUCGUACGGCCCGGAAACGCCCAACUUUCCGAGGAAGCCAGGAAAAAUUACGACGUUAUAAAGAGUCUAGACGAGAUUCGGACCCUU